AACAGAGAGUCCUACAUCAUUUCUCCAUGUUCAGCUAACAUGAAGAACCAAAAGAUGUCAAAGGCUGCAAGCAUAGCACACAGGAAGCGUUUGCAAGGUGUGCCUUUUGCAACAAAACUAUCGCCAGGGUCCCACCGGAUUGCAGAAACGUCAGAUCUUCACAAAUGCAAGACGGUUAGGCUCAGUGGUCACACGCUUAAGCCUGAGCUAGCUGGCCUAAUCGAAAAGACAUUGCAGGAAGCUGAUGUUUCGGGCACAGAGAAAGGCGCACAGAGGACAGAAGAAGACCUUAGCUGUCUUAAAGAGAUCAAGAAGAAAGUGUAUGACAAUAAAAAGGAUAAAGAAAGUGGUCGGGAGCAAGAUGAAUCUGUUAAAGUGGAAAUCAGUGAAAAAACGGUCAGGAAACACAAAAAUUCUAAAAUCAGGCCCACCAUAGAUGUGAAAGGGGCGGGGGAGGAAAUACAAAUUGUAUGGGAAACUCUAGGAGUACAAUUCUUGGGAGAAAUGUACUUUCCCUGCAGAAUGUGCUCCUUCAAGGACUACAAGUCCCAGAGUUCUUCAGUUCUAGUCAGUUUUCCUGUGCACAGACAAGGAGAAGCCAAUAGGUUGUGGCAGCAGAAGGGUGGGACCAACCCUGCAAAAAAGAGGGACACUGAGAUUUCAGGACCAGUGCUUGAAUUGACAGGCCUUGCAACAGGUAAAGCAAAGUCAGGUGCUGAAAUGGAAGACGUUCUUCUGGAGAUGAAGAAAGACUUGUCAUUUGUGGAGAUUGAUUUGAGAGAUAGAGUCGAAGAGAAAACUGAAGAAAUCUUGACAGAGGAGAAGCAGCAUGAAAAGGAAGAGGAAUCUCCUGAAACGCUGCCCGAAAGCAGCUGGCUGUGCUGUUUUCCCAUCUGGACGAGGCAGAAGAAGCGGAAGGAAAAACGGGAGUAGCCACAAAAUGGACUCCAGCUUUUUAGAAUACAAGGCCCAAUAUGAAAUGGAAGGAAAACCAGUGCGAAAUGGUCAGCUGAAGAAUAGGCGACGAAUAAACUAAAAUUCAGAACUAGACUAGUUGUUCCUUCACUUUAUCUGAGGUACCGCAACAGGCUGCCAGUCUUUGCAUUCUGAUAAGAGACAGUGGAUUCAAAAGAUAAAGCAUGGUGUGGAAAUACAGUGGUACCUCGAUUGUCGAACAUACUCCAUUCCGGAAGACAGUUCGACUUCCGAAACGUUUGACAACCGAGGCGCAAAGGGCUGGCUGCAAAGUCAAUGGAGAAAAUUGGAAAAAACCGCAGCAGAAGCCGUUCUACUUCCGAGGCGCGUUUGAAAACGGAAGCAAUUACUUCUGGGUUUUCAGCGUUUGAAAACUGAAAUGUUUGGCUUCCGAGAUGCUCGAAAACCAAGAUACCACUGUAUAAGAAAAACAGUCCUUAGUGCUUGGUCAUGUAUAUGUAAAUGUGAACAUACGAAGCAGUGAAUCUAAGACCGUUAGACCGUUAGUCCACAUAUCUCAGUGUUGUCUACUUUGACAGUUUACCCUAACUUCAGGUUAUUUAUGAACAAGUUUAAAAUCUUACAAGUUAAAAAUUGCAUGAGAAUUUAUUGUGAAACUGAUGUAACCUGGGGGUGCAAAUCUCAAGGGAUUGGCUUUUCACAAAGCUACAUUAAGUGCAAAGAAGUUUGCUUUUAAUGGGUGUUGGAAAGAGGCUGUUAAAAAGGAAACCUUGCACAGAUUGUGGGUCAGGUAACUAAAUUCCAUGAUCUUUCCAGAGGAACUUGACAUCUGUGCAGUAUUUAUCUCCUUAAAACUUCACUCUUAUCUAUGCAAUUCAAACCUACUUGCAACGCAAGUUCUUUUCCAAGUACCAGGGCAUUUAAUACAGUUAAAUCUGUUUUAAAAUCAAGAAUAUAUAUAUAGGCUAUGGAUCAAGCUGAAAAAGUGUUUCAUUAUCAGAAAGUUGCAAAACGCCCUCAUUGCUAUCACACAAGCCUCAUUUCCAAACCCUAUGAAAAGCUUAUUUGGCCUUGAAGCAAUUCCACUGGAUAUGAAUUCUGUUUGCAGUGCUGGUGCACACACAGGCUUUCAAAGUAGUAAACUGGAGUUUUAGUCAGAUAAUUUAGCAGAGCUGAAUUGGGGAGAUAAUUUCUUUUACAAUGAAAAGGCAAAGCCCCUACCCUCCCGGUUUUGGGAAUGUUUGUACACUUUUGUAAAAAGGUGUAAAACUGUAUAAAGAGGUGGGUCUCAAGAAGCAAAGGGAACUGCUGAGACACGACACUCUUCUGCCCCUGUUGCAUGUUGUUUACUAUUAGCUGGGGUAGUUGGGAGUGUGCAUGACUGUACCACAGAAAAUAAUGUGCAAAUGGACUGUAUCCCUAUUCGGAUGCCCAUCUGAAUCAGAGUGUGGCCCAUCUACA